CUUUAUUUUUUUCUAUUGUAAUUCAUUUAUUUAUUUACUAUUGAUUGCCUGGUGUGAUUCCCACCUGAGCGCACAAAGCUACAGACUCUCAGUCAUGGAAAACCUCACCAGGGAGAACAACAUGACUGUGGUGAAUGACACGUCGGUGCAGGACAAUCAGACUCUGGGCGUUUGGAGCGACUAUACUGUUGAGUAUAAAGUGGUGAGUGUGUUGCUGGUGUCCCUCAUAUGUGGCGUGGGGAUCGUGGGGAAUGUGAUGGUCAUCCUGGUGGUGCUGACCACCAAACACAUGCGGACUCCCACUAACUGUUACUUAGUAAGUCUGGCCGUGGCUGACCUGAUGGUGCUGACGGCUGCAGGGCUGCCCAACAUCACCGACGCACUCCACGGUCAGUGGGUGUACGGUUACGCGGGCUGCCUGGGCAUCACCUAUCUGCAGUACCUGGGCAUAAACGCAUCCUCCUGCUCCAUUACUGCCUUCACCGUGGAGCGCUACAUCGCCAUCUGUCACCCCAUCAAGGCGCAGUUCCUGUGCACUUUAUCCAGAGCGAAGAAGAUCAUCCUGCUGGUGUGGGCGCUCACCUCCGUCUACUGCGUCAUGUGGCUCUUUCUGUCGGACACCAAAGAGUUGGUGUAUGACAACGCGGUGCUGCUCAGCUGCGCCUACAAAGUGUCCAGGAGUCACUAUCUGCCCAUUUACUUCACGGACUUUGCGGUGUUCUACGUGCUGCCCCUCAUGUUGGCCACCGUCCUGUACGGACUCAUCGCCAGGAUACUUUUCCUGAACCCGCUGCCAUCCGAUCCAAAGCAGGGCACCAAGAAGUGGAAGAAGGAGACGAGUCAGGGAGUGAGGAUGAUGAACAGCAGCAGCUCCUCCAGCAGCACCACGGCUGCCUCCCGCAGACAGGUGACCAAGAUGCUGGCUGUGGUGGUGAUCCUCUUCGCCUUGCUGUGGAUGCCCUACCGGACCUUAGUGGUGGUCAACUCCUUCAUCGAUAAGGCCUACCUGGACACCUGGUUCCUGCUGUUCUGCCGCCUCUGCAUCUACUUAAACAGUGCCAUAAACCCAGUCAUCUACAAUGCCAUGUCCCAGAAAUUCCGUGCUGCGUUUAAGAAGUUGUGUCACUGUGGCCCCCAGCGCAUGGAGAAACCGGCGUCUUACAGUGUGGCGCUCACCUACAGUGUCAUCAAGGAGACUUCCAAUGGCGAGAGUCCCGACCACUUCACCACAGAAAUGGAUGCGCUAAAUUCACCGUCAGAUCAGUACUUACCCGCCAGCAUCCUGCCCUCCGCUAAGAGGAUGCUGUAUGAGGAGCCUCCCCUGCCUGGAAGUGACGUUAAAGCCUGACUAAAACAAAAGGUGCUCCAUGUAAAUGAAGCUGCUACUUAAUCAAAUUAAAUCUUAAGGUCAGCUUUAUCUUAAAAUGCCCUCGUAGAAUACAGAUGAAGAAACUAUAGGAUCCAGCAGAUGCUGCUUAAUGUGACGAGCCAAACCAUCUCCACACCGCACACAUUUACUACCUCAUUUAUUCCCAAAUGCUCUUUACAAUUUAGGUUUGUUUUUUUUGUGCAGCACCUGUAUCCAAGAGAUUUUGCCCUGAUUAUUGUACAGUGUGAGGAAGUGAAGACGCUUCAGCCAUCUUUAUACUUGGGUUGAACCCUGCAGCUCCGCUGUGAGCAUAUAGGGAGGUAAUGAUGCGUAAGCCGUUGAUGAAAAAGUAAAUGCAUAUAUUGAAGGUUGGCUGUUUGUCAAAGCACACAGUCUUACUUAUUUUUUACAUUUCUUUUAUAUUGCAAUUCUCCACAUUAGUGAAAUACAUGAGCUGUGCCCUGUUUAGUGUUAUGUGACACAUUGCUUUUGUGUUACUACUAUAGAACCUAAAUACUUCAGUUGGAGCAGCCCGUGGCCAAGAGGAAGGGUUGUAAGGGUUACCGCUUCAAAUCUUAGGACAGGUCAAGGGCAGGAGUGCCCCUGAGCAAGGCACCCAAAUCCCCAUUACUCACCUUUUCAAAGAAAUGCGUUUCAUAUAAGUUGAAAUACUGUACAGUGGACAUGAGGACCUUUGUUUCAAUGUUGGUUUAAGCAGUGUAACUAACUGCCAGUGCAUCAGUACAUUAUAAUUAGGGGAGACACUGUUUUUAUUAUUUUUUUUAUUUUUUUUUUAUCAGCCAGCCCUCGGAUAUCAUUAUACCACUGGUAACCAUGUGUUACAGAAAUUGCAUUUCCUCUUUGUUCCUGUGCCUCCCUGAGACAAGCCAUGUAAUUCCAUUGAAUGCAAAUGCACAAUGCCGUGACAUUGUAAUCUUGCUACUAGAGCGAAAAGCACAGACAUGGAAUUACAUGACCUUUUCCUUUUUAAAAGGUCUGCGCAAAAGGAAGGAACAGACACUUCCCGGAACCUGCUGUGUUAAUGUAGAGCUACCUGUACUCUACUGAUUUCUGAACUCAAAUAACUACGUGAAGACGACCACUGUGGUCUCUCCGAGGAGCCUGCCCAGUACAAUGGUCAUUGAAUUAUUAUUAUUACCAUUAUUAUCAUCAUUAUUAUAAGUAGUAUGAGAGACAAAUGUGUAUCUCAGAUGUGCAGGGUGGCUGUUCAUCAAAGGGUCAAAUCACUGUCAAGGCAGUAAUUCACUGACAUCAGCCCAGAGUGCAGCGUGCAGCACUUUUCUGUGAUUUAUCAGCUCAGCAAAACCCACAGUGCAAUGACUGAAUGUGUAAAUAGAUUGCGACAAAGUGCCAUUCUUGAGCUCGUGCACUUCAGUAUUUAAGCAUAUGGCUCACGCUGCUUUUAAAAGAAAAACCUGCCAUUUCUUCAGCCUUGUACGCGUGUAAAUUGAAGAGCACUCAGAGGGUAUGAAUAUGGAACUAAGACGCAAACUCAUUAAAACCUGUUUCCACGCCGAACAGCAGGCUUUUCUGUCAAUACCGUAGACGCCUGCAAUGUAUUGUACUGUGCAAUGUCAAAUUAACUCAAUAUUGUGUUUUCAAACGUGUGUCAGUGAGUGCAGUUAUUUAAAAAAAAAAAACAAUAACUUAUUUGAUUCAAUGUGUUUUCUGUUAUUUCAAAACCAGUGAGUGAAAGUUUAUGUCCAAAGUGCAAGAAAGUAUAGUUAUUAGAUCGUUUCUAGCAUGAGGUACCUCUAAUUUGUGCACUUUGAUUAGUUUCUCUCUCUUUCUUUUCAAACAUGUUUUCUGUUCUGCACGGUAGACAUGAACACAUGCUUUUGUGAUGUGAACUCAAAGAUUGAUUAAAAGCAAGCCGAUAGCUGAUGUGUUUUUUUCCCCAUCUGAGGCGGUGGUUUGAGUCUCAAGGUAGCUUUUUUCCCUGCUCUUGCUGUUUGAUGGACUGUUUUGUAUUUUGUAUUGGUCUUUGUCUACAAUAAACACAGUAAUUGCGCUGCCUUGA